AUGGUUUGUCUGUGCGCUGCGGGCCUGUCUUUCCGAAAGCAGCCACCUUUGCUGUCCCUGACCUGCCCACUCAACACACCUUCCUUUCUCAUGAAGAUGCUGCUCGGCCUGUCAGAAGCACUACCAAGCCUGGUGGAAACCAAGUUUAGAACUGCGAAAGCUUCUGCAAGCUUGCUGUUCUCUCCAACAGAGGUUUCCGUUAUUCGCACCUCGACGGGCAUUCCGUUUCAGCUGAGAUACUGCCCUACCCUCGCAAAGAAGCCAAUUCCUAAGAAUGAAAGCGAUGCGUCCAAGAAGAAAGUAGACCCCUUCGAGGACCCUCCGCAAGCGCUGCACAUCGCCGACAUACCAACCUCCAGUCCAAGCCAUCUCCUGGUGCUAAAUAAGUUCCCUAUCAUUGCUGAACACUUCAUAAUUGCCACCAAAUUUAACAAGAAGCAAACACAUGUGCUAGAACAAGAUGAUCUAGAAGCAACUUACGCUUGCUUGAAAGCAUGGCAUGACGGAACGGGCAGCAAGCAGCAGCGUUUAUUUGCAUUCUUCAAUUCUGGCGAUCACAGUGGAGCAAGCCAACCGCAUAGACAUCUGCAGUUUCUGCCAGUCGACAGUAUGCUUGAGGGCGAGGCAACUAGCGGCUGGGAUCUAAUGAUAGAUCUCAUGUUAUCAAACUCAACUAGGCAAGCUGAAGGUAAACUGCUUUCCGCCAGCUCAUCUCGAAGGCAUAGCGCUGAAGCUAAUUUGAGCCAUAGGGACACCACAUGCUCCGAGCCAACAGGUUCCGAGUUGUUGAGCACCUAUGAAGAACUCUAUCGCGCUGCGACUGGGGCGGUCGACACUUACAUUGCUACUAAUCCAGGCUCACUGGCUUUGCACUCAGUUGACGGAGGGAACUCUCCUAUCAGUUACAACCUCGCAAUGACGACUGCUGGAAUGGCAAUUCUGCCACGCCGAAGUGAAGGUACUAUGCUCCGACGCGAUGAUGGUAGCGAGAUUGGCUUUGUGGCCUUGAACGGCACGACCCUUGGAGGGACCAUGAUGGUGAAACACCAGGAAGAAUGGGACGUGCUACGCAGACAACCUGAGAUGCUUGACAACAUACUUGAGGCCAUUGGUAUACCAAGGCAGACCAUGUCGCCAGCGCGAUCGCGUGUUUCAUCUGUCUUGCCAUAG